AUAAUAUCAAUGUAAAUGGAUCCCUUUGAUAUAAUUUUAAAGUAUAUUUUAGAACAUGAAGGAGGAAAAGUUAAUGAUAAAAAUGAUCUAGGAGGAAAGACAAAUUAAGGUAUAACUUAAAACACCUAUAAUGAUCAAAUUAAAGAAAUAAGGAAUAUGAAAAUAAAACCAUAAUAUAAUCCAAUAGAAAAAGAUGUCUAUGAUCUCACAGACAAAGAGGUCAAAGAUUUUUAUUAUUAUUAAUUUACAAGAUGUAAGGCUAAUCUCAUAAAGGACCGUAAUACAUCUUAUGUUUAUUUUGAUUCGUGCAUAAAUUUAGGUCCUUCAUAUGCCAUUCCAAUAUUAUAAAAAGCAUGUAAUCUAAAAGCUGAUGGUUACUUUGGGGAUAAUACAUUAGCUGCAGUUAAUUCACUAAAUUAAAGAGAUUUGUAAGUAAAAAUGCUUCAAUACAGAGAGGAGCACUACAAAAAACACCCUAAAUAUUAAUUUUUUAAAACAGGAUGGAACAAUAGAUUAAAUAAAAUUAGGUAACAAACAGAAAAAGGCAUAAAUUGAAAUGAUAAAAAAG